GGGAAGCAGCCAGGACACAGGGAGAUGGUGCGGGGCUGGAACUGGUGUGGAGCAGCCAAGAGAUGGAUGUGGAAGCUGUGACUGAUUUCCAAGCCCUCCGAGCAAAAUUUCAAAACGACUCCAACUUGGCCAAGAAGCUGUUGCAGCCACCCAAGAAGCCUCCCCCUAAACCCUCUCCCAGGCUGGGCUCUGGAGGGAAUCCUGUCUCCAGCCCUCUGCCCCUGAGUAAGAGAGAAGAGAUAAUAGUAAAAUCCAAGGAUGAGCAUCCCCAAGCCUCUGCUUUCACCCAGUGCAACCCCAUGAGGUGGCCUCGAGCCAGGCUGAGGAACCUGGACCCAAGUGGACACAAUGAAGAGGUCUUGGAGGAAGGGCUGGGUUAUCUUGAGAAGUGUCCAGAGAAGCCUCUGCCAUCCUAUACCACUGACCAGUAUGGAUCAGCCCUGGCACCUUCAGAGGACCCUCUGCUCCCAUUUUCUUUCCACCAUGCCCUACAGAUCUGGGAAAACACUUCAUCCCAUGGUGAGAAAGCAAGGGCAAUGCUCCCAGCCCAAAGAACAGCAAACAUAUAUGUGCAGCCUUGUCCUGAGCAGAGGAUGAAGGGUGCUCCAGAUGCAUCUGCUGGCACUGGGAUGCAACCAUCUGGAAGUGAGCCCAUGCUGGACUUGCAUGGCCAGGAGCAGGAUGCUCUACAUGGCACUGGACCAGCUCUUCCCCAGGCUCUCAAAGGACACAAGGGCUCUGAUGAAGUUGCUGAGAGCAUGGUGGCCACUGCAAUCUGUCAGCUGGGUUAUUGUGCACCAGCAGAGCAACCUCAGCAGCAGAAUGGAUCAGAGCCUCCCUUCAGGAAGCCUGGAGCAGGAAAAUGGUCUGAGAGCCCUGGGAACAAACAACCAAGAAUUAAACCUCUCCCUUCAGCUGAAUCCCUGGGUCCACCCCCUGGGAAGCCAGCAAGACCCCCAGGGUUUGAUCUUGGUCAUUUCCGAAGUGCUGUGCCUUCUGUCCAAAGAGCAAACAAAACAACUGCUGGCAAAGACAAUUCAUGGACACCCAAAAGUGCUCCACUUGAAGAGCAGCAUAAUUAUGAAGAAACCCUGAUGUACCUGAAUCAGUCUGGGGACACAACAACCUUGAGUGUCAUUGAAGUUUCUAAGGAAAAACCUGAAGAGCAGGAGCCAGGUGGAAACGAAUCUGGGUCUCCCAGUAGCCAAACCAAGGAAGAUGGAAGAGAUGGGAUGAAGGAGCCACAACUGGAGCAGGAUGUGACCAGUAGCCAAACUGCAAAGCAUCCUGCCCCACGAGGGCUAGGAAAAGAUGGAAUGGAGCAAUUGCACUACAUAUAUGUUGGUGCUCCAAAGCCAGUAGUGGAAGGAACAGCCCUGAACCAAAACAUUUGGCAGCCCCUGCCAGCACCAGAGGUCAUUUAUGAUGACGUUGAGAAAAUCCAGGAUAGACUCAGCCAAAUAUCAGAUGCCUCAGGUCCAUCUGCUUCAGCCAGCAUUUCAGGGAACAGCUAUGAAGAAACGUAUGAAGAUGUUGAGAUUGGGAGUGAGAAGCCUGCAAAAAUGGAAGCUGCCAAGCAAAAGAUGUUUGGAAACUUGUUUAAUCUGGAGAAGUUGAAACUGAAGAAUAUCAAGCUCAGGGAAAACUUAAGGUUGUUUUCUGUUUCAGUACCAAACUUAGCUGCUUCCCAGGAGGACACUGUCUAUGACAACGUGGAGGUGUGGCAGAGCAAGCUGAGAGAGAAGGAUGACAAGCACAAAGUCAGGAUGCCAAGAUUUCUGAUGGCCAAAGAAGAUAAGGACCAAAGGAAAAGCAGCAAUGAUGGGGAAAGGAAUAUCUUCAAGCUCAAGAAGAGCAAGGCAGACAGAAUCAAGAAGAUGGAAAAAGAAGAGAAGAUUUUCAGAGAAACAUUUUUGUACACCAAGGAGAUCAAGGUCAUCAACAGGGCCACAGCAGAGUGCUCAGUCCCCAGUAAGAGGAGGGUUGAUCUCCCAGUCACAGCUGGAGAGCAGCUGGAUGUUAUUGAUGUCACAGAGGGCAGCGCAGUGAUUUGCCGCAAUGCCGAGGGCAGAUAUGGGUACGUGCUGGUGGAGCAUCUGAACUUCAGACAGUACGAGCUACCCCGAGAGCUGCUCUCCCCUCUGAGCAUCCCUGAAGGUCUCUUCUUUUCUUCCCAGCCCAGUGAGAGCCCCUGUUGAUCAACUCUGAUGAUGUGAACAUAAAUAAAGUUUUAUUUUUUACACUAGUACUGUUUAAUGUACAAAAGACAUUUGUUUUUUGC